AUGACUGACGGCUAUCGAUUGUUUAACGAAUUGCACACACCCUCCACCGCUCGAUCCGCGAAACCUGUCCGUCUGAGGCUUGCCUGCGACUCUUGUACGACAGCAAAAGUGCGGUGCAGUAGAACUCACCCUUGUGAGCGCUGUGAAGAUAAUGGCCAAGCGAGAGAGUGUUAUUACAGUGCAUCACGAAGGCAUGGGAAGCGGGCAAGACAUCGUAAGAUUACUGAAGCCCAAACGCAAAGAUCUUCGUCAUUGAGCAACACAACCGCGUCUCCUUCUACUCUCACCACGUUCGGCAACGGGUUUGAGGGUAUCUCCAUCUCCGAUCUGGCGUGGGAUUACAGAGCAUCGGGAUACUCGACGUUGGGUGAUUGCGCGGCCUUUGAUAAUUGGAAAACACACAUUGACGUCCCUGUCGAUUUUGACGGACUGAAUGCUAUAUCAUGGGUGGAUCCAUGGGCGUCUUUGGGCUUUGGGUUGGAUGCCAGUCCAUCAGGGUCGAGUGGCAUAUCAUCCCCAGACCCAUUGCUAUCGAUCAAACCAACAGAUCCAACUACAACCAUGGAGAUGCAUACUAUCAUACAGCCACACGAGUGUGAAGAAACGGCUUUACGUCUACUACAAUCACUUCACUGCAACGACCAAACUACCGAGUUUUGUAAGCAAGCACACGGAAAUCAAUCAUCACACCCAGUGCCAAGCAUUGACACAGUCUUAUCUGUCAACAAAGCUGCUCUGGCAAACAUGGUUCCUCUUCUUAAGUGCGCUUGUGCAAAAAAGUCCCAUAUCACGAUGCUGCACGGUGCAAUACUAGCAAAGGUCAUUUUUUGGUACAAAGUCGCAGUCACAGCCCGCUAUCAUGCAGAAGGCGCUGCGAUAAGACCAAUCAAGAUUCAACUAGGGAUGUUGGACCUUGACGAUGAAGACCAGGCGACACUGCAAAGGACGGUGUUGUUGAGAGAAUUACGCAAAGCAGAAACAGUCAUGGAGAGCUUUGAAUCUUCUUAUAAUACAAACGGCGAAAUGGUAGGAUGGAAUGUCUCUGCCGCGAGAAGUAUGACGGAAGAGUUGCAGGAUAUUAUUCGGAAGAUUAAGAACGGACACGAGGACUUUACGUAG